AUGCUGACCGAAUGUGAAGACUGCAGACUUAGUCUGAGCACCGAAUACCACCCUGGAGAGAAGCUAAACACAUUCUGCGGCAGCCCUGCCUACGCAGCCCCUGAGGUAUUCCUGGGGCCGAUGUACUCAGGCCCGCCCGUGGAUGUGUGGAGCCUUGGCGUCAUCCUGCAUGUCAUGGUGACUGGGUACGAACCCUUCCGAGGACAAGAUUACUGGAAGAUGAGGCAGAGUGUGCUCACAGGGCGUUAUUAUGUGCCCGACUACCUAUCAUAUGAAAUAAGAACAUUAAUAGCAAGCAUGCUGACCCUCAACCCAAUGGACAGAGCUACUUUACACCAUCUUCGGCAGCAUCCGUGGGUCUAG